AUGAGUGAGCUGCCCGGUGUCCAUGACAAGCAAGGUGCCAUCGAAAGCUCUGUGGACCUGCUGCUGCCCAACUUGCAUGAUGGAGUGGAUGAACCCACCGAGGAACCCAUCGAGGAAACCAGUGAUGAGCCUGUGCUCCUAGUAAACUGCAGAAGCAUAAAGAAUAAAAGAGAUGAUUUUGCCUCUCUGGUUGAAACUGUACAGCCACAUGUCGUACUAGGCACCGAGUCCUGGUUAGAUAACAGUAUCGCUAACAUCGAAGUGUUCCCACCAGGGUUUACAGUCUUCCGCAAAGAUAGACACCGGCACGGUGGGGGCGUUUUUAUUUUAAUAUCAAAUGGCUUGCCUAGUGAAGAACUUCAUUUUGAAACCGAUACAGAAUCAGUAUGGUGUCGAGUACACUUCCCAAAGGGGCAUAAGCUCGUAUUUGGAUCCUUCUACCGCCCACCCGAUAGUAAUGAAAUUCCGAUUCAAAAUCUUGCUGACACCUUAUCAGUGCUCUCUGAUACUGUCUUUUUGGGUGGUGAUUUUAACCUCCCAGAUAUAACUUGGACUAGCGAUGGUGCAAUAACUAACAAAUCACGAAUUAAUACAAGUUUUAAAGAACUACUUAUGUUAAACAACUUAACCCAAUAUGUUCUCGUUCCUACUAGACAACAAGCUACAUUAGAUCUUGUCCUUUGUAACGACCCCAGCGUUGUAACCAAGGCUGCCACACUCGAAAAGGCGCUAGAAAUCUGCACUAGGCAAUAUAACCACCGCAUGCCCACGUCGAGUUACGGGGAUGUUGAAGCGCUGGGAACCAACGACCUGCUCGAGACGAUCAGAGUGGUCGUGCGUGAGGAGAUGCAGAAGAUGUUCCCCAGAUCGCAAGCUCAGGUGGAUUCGAUAGCCGUGAUCAUUCGCUGGUAG